AUGGUGUCGGAUGCGGCUAAGCGCAAGGCGGCGGCCAAAAAAGCCGCGCAGCUCAACCGCAGCGCGCAGAAGGUGUCCGCGCCUUCCGCGGACACUUCCGCCAAACCCGCAGAACCUCCCGCUUCCGCCAGUGCACUCGCGGAGGUAGCAGCUGCCGCGGGUGGCGUGGAAAGCGCAGGUCGUGGGGAAAAUGGCACUGCGGCAUCAGUCGAAGCAGGAUCGACGGCUGGACUGCCAGUGACACGCGUGGUCUUUCCGCCCUCCCUCACUCCCAAGCAACGCGCCGCAUUGCAUGAUCUUGCGGACACGCAUGGGUGGCAACACGAGAGCCGGGACAUGCCGGGCGGCUCGCAUCGGCAGCUGGUGCUGUGGUGGGAGGGUGAGGCGUCUGAAGGGGAAGGCAGGACGCUGCAUGUAGGAGCGGAUGAUGGGCGGCAACAGGAGCAGCAGCAGCAGCAGCCAAUAGGAGCGCACCAGCUGGGAGACGCUCUGAAGCAGCACUUGGGAUGGGAUGUGCCUGCUGACGCGCUUGGGGGGAACGACAGGGGCGGAAGCGGCACUGAGGGCAUGGGGACGGGGGGACGAGGAGCGGGAAAAGGGGGAGCAGGAGCAGGAGGUGGGAAGGGAGGAGCAGGCAUGGGGUAUGGGGCGGCGGGGAUGGGAAGGGCGCGUGGCGUGGCGGCAGACGUGAGUGACUGCAGCGACGUGUACGAGUUUGUCAAGAGGAUGCGCCCCCUGCUGGACCUGGAGAAGGUGAGACGCGCCUUUCCCCCCACACGCUACACCCGGCUUCUGAGGCGCCUCAAAAGUUAUUGCAGCAAUGUGCACGAGUUGGUGAAGAGGAUGGAUGAGAGACCACUGCUGGACCUCGGAAGGGUGAGCCACACCCAGGGUUGGACCUGGAGGUCGGACAUGCUGGGCCGCGUGGCGGCUGCUAUGGUGUUGGGUGUUCAGCCGCCUGCUGCUCUGUGUCCUCGCGAUGCAGAGGUGGCAUUAGCAGAAGAAGCAGCGUCCACGCGCUCUCUGGCAUCAGCGCAGGCCAAGGGGCGAGUGCUGUGCCACCUGCGGUGCACGGAGGCCACAUCAGGCCUCAUGGGCAAGACCCUCCUCACCCUCGUCUCCAACAAGACUGGAAAAGCCUCCAGCAAAGGCACCACAGCAGACGCCGGACCUGCAGGUUCGGGAGCAGGUUCGGGUUCGCGAGCGUCUGGUCCAGUGCUGCCGCCGCACAAGUUCACUCCGCACGACGUGGUGGCGAUCCGGGCGAACAAGGCGGAGGGGGCACAGGCGGCGAUAGCGCAGGGGGUGGUGUACCGAGUGAGGGAGGAUGCGGUGGUGGUGGCCGUGGAUGAGGUGCCCGAUGGGGAGGGACUGGACGCUCCUGUGAGAAUAGAGAAGCUGGCCAACGAUGUCACGUUCAAGCGCAUGCGGGAUACCCUGGGGGCGCUCAGCAGGACGGGGGAUGUGGGCGUGAGCACGGUUGGCAGGCCCGGGGCGGCACUUAUCCCAGUUCUUUUUGGUCAGUCUGAGCCGCGCCUGGCAAAGGCCCCUCCGCCCUUCACGCCUUUUAACCGCGCUCUGGACGAGUCACAGAAGGCUGCCGUCGCCAAGAGCCUGUCCUCCCACCACGUGGCACUCAUCCAUGGCCCACCAGGCACGGGCAAGACAACCACCGUAGUGGAGGUGGUGGUGCAGGAGGUGAAGCGCGGCAGCAAGGUGCUGGUGUGUGCGGCAUCCAACAUCGCUGUGGACAACCUCGUCGAGCGACUCGUGCCGCACAAGCAGGUACGGGCAGUGAGAGUGGGGCAUCCCGCACGACUGCUGCCAUCCAUCCUCAACUCCUCCCUCGAUGCCUUGGUCCAGCAGUCGGACAACAGCGCCCUAGCCAAGGACGUGCGCAAGGAGAUGCAGCAGCUGUCAGGGAAGCUGCUUAAAACGAGGAUAAGGCGGGAGAGGGGCGAGAUUCAGAGGGACCUGCGGCGCCUGGGUAAGGAGGAGAGGCAGCGGCAGCAGCGGGCCGUGCAGGAUGUGCUCAAGGACUCCAACGUUGUGCUCACUACUCUCACAGGCAGCUUGUCCCGACACCUGGAGCCCCUGACAUUCGACCUGGUGGUGAUAGACGAGGCAGCACAGGCCCUGGAGGUGUCGUGCUGGGCAGCAGUGCUUAAAGCCCCGCGCUGCAUCCUGUCAGGAGACCACCUGCAGCUGCCGCCCACCGUGCAGUGCGACGAGGCUCAGAAACGCGGUCUCGGGGUCACCCUCUUCGAGCGCCUGCACCGCCUGUACGGGGACCGCAUCACAUCCAUGCUCACCGUUCAGUACCGCAUGCACCAGGACAUCAUGUGCUGGGCGUCUGACGAGUUGUACCAGUCGCUGCUGUCAGCGCAUGCCUCGGUGGCCAGGCACGGGCUUCCGGACCUGCCAGGGGUGGUUUCCGGGCCUGUCACGGAGGCUCGGCUGGUGCUUGUGGAUACGACGGGGUGUGAUGAUGUGGAGGAGCAAAGGGAGGAGGAGGGGGAGAGUUUGCGGAAUGAGGGGGAGGCGAGAGUGGUGGUGGCGCAUGUGAGGAGGUUGCUGGAGGCCGGGGUGGAUGCGGGGGACAUAGGGAUUGUCACACCGUACAGUGCACAGGUGGGCUUACUCAAGUCAUUCAGAGAGGACUCUCGGCAGCUGGCUCGCGUGGAGAUCAGCACGGUUGAUGGGUUUCAGGGGAGGGAGAAGGAGGCCAUUAUCAUCUCCAUGGUCCGCUCCAAUGACACCGGCGAGGCUGCGUCACUGAACCUAGCGAACAUAUCAGUUCUCAAUCAGACAGACAGCAGGUAUUUAUCAAUUGUAUCAACAGAAUCAAGCAACCCUGAAUUCACUGAGGACUUGCCUGCGGAAUUGUGUUGGAGCUCUUCCAUCCAUGGCGGCUCGAGGAUCUCAUUGAACGAAACUAGAAACUCCGAUCAAGAAACUUUAGAAUCUCGUGGAAAGGUUGCCUUUCGUCCUGGUGGCGUGAUGGUCUACGGAGAUGGCUGCAAACAAUGCCACGUUGGCCAAGCUUGCUCUCUCUACAUCGCAGUGCAAUCACCAGCACACUGGAUCCCUGCUUCUGCAUCUGCCUCCCUUCAAUGGGACAUGAUGGUCACGCUUAGAGGGCCUUCCCUGAUUCAUGUGCGUCUGACAACACUGAAGGCUGGUUCUCCAGGACAGUCAGUGAUUCUGGCCUCUUAUACACCAUGGGACGCUGGUGAUUACAGCAUGGAAUUCCGUGUUGAUGGUUCCAAUUUGAACUACACCAAAGACUGGAACCGUUUAGGACAGCACGUUUUUGCACAGAUACCUGUUUCGGUGCUUCAGGGAAGCCAGCCACGUGAUUGGCUCGAGCAACCCCAACUGGAUGGAGCCAACAUGGAUCUCUCAGCGGUCAAGAGUCCAUGUGCACAUGGGAUUGCUGGUCGGUGGCUUGCAGGCAGUGACGCCACGAGUCAAAAUGGCUUGACCGAUCUAAACACAGCAAUUGCUACCACAGAAAAAUACAGGUGGGCAUUCUUCAGCUGCGCUCGUGCUUCUUCGUUGAAUGACAUGCUUUGGGGAUUGUGGAAGGCAGGAGUACGGGAGGUGAAUGUGAUUGGAGAUUCACACAUGAGAGGGUUGAUCAUGCACCUCUGGUUCAUGCACACUGGCACAGCGCAUAAUAUGACCCUGGUGAAGCAUGGUGACAUCUCUUACACCCUCAACGUCACUGCACCAGCACCAGCAGGGGGUGUUCCAGCUGGUGGAGAAUUGGUGAAGCAAGGCAUUAUUCGUGUGAAUUACAACUGGCUGGAUGGCAUAUAUGACAACAAUGUGGCAGGAUGCUC